UUGUAUCUAUGAUGUUUGUUGUCAUUAAUGCAUAUUUAACCCUGAUUUAACCUACGUUUCUUGAAUGCGUUUUAGUUGUGUGUAUUUAUUUAAACAGUUUUGAUUAUUGGUAAACAUGAAAACUAGAUUUAAUACAUACGAUUUAGCAUGUUGCGUGACAGAGCUGCAGAGGUGUGUUCAUUGUUUUAACCUACGUUUCUUGAAUGCGUUUUAGUUUGUGUGUAUUUAUUUAAACAGUUUUGAUUAUUGGUAAACAUGAAAACUAGAUUUAAUACAUACGAUUUAGCAUGUUGCGUGACAGAGCUGCAGAGGCUGAUCGGCAUGCGAGUGGCACAGGUAUACGAUAUUGACCACAAAACAUACCUCAUAAGAUUACAGAAACCAGAAGAGAAGGCAGUUCUGUUGUUGGAGUCAGGUGUUCGAAUCCACACCACAGCAUUUGAGUGGCCGAAGAAUGUUGCACCAUCUGGAUUUAGUAUGAAGAUGCGGAAGCACCUGCGCAACAAGCGGCUGGAGAGCGCGCGGCAGCUCGGCACGGACCGCAUCGUCGACCUGCAGUUCGGCUCGGGCGAGGCCGCGUACCACGUGGUGCUGGAGCUGUACGACCGCGGCAACAUUGUCCUCACCGACUGCCAGCUCACCAUCCUGAACAUCCUGCGCCCGCACACGGAGGGAGAGCAAGUCAGAUUUGCAGUGAGAGAGAAAUACCCGACUGACAGAGCUCGUCAGAAAUCUGGAGCACCGGCCGCUGAAGACUUGCAGAAAAUAUUUUCCUCUGCAAAACCAGGAGAAGGACUGAAAAAAAUCUUGAACCCUCAUCUUGAGUACGGUCCCGCCAUCAUAGACCACGUGCUGCUGAAGGCGGGAUUCCCACCAAACUGCAAGCUGGGCAAGGGCUUCGACCCGCAACAGGACAUGCCCCGCCUUUGUGCCGCGAUGGAGAUGGCUGAAGAUCUCAUGUCCCAGGCAGCGAAACAAGCAUCCAAAGGUUACAUCAUCCAGAAGAAAGAGAAGCGGCCACGUCCAGAUGGCACUGAAGAGGACUUCUUCUCGAAUCAAGAGUUCCACCCAAUGGUGUUUGAGCAGCACUCGAGCCAGCCAUUCCAGGAAUUCCCGAGCUUCGAUGCAGCGGUUGACGAGUUCUUCUCUCAGAUGGAAAGUCAGAAGAUUGACAUGAAAACUUUGCAGAUAGAGAAGGACGCGGUGAAGAAGCUGGAGAAUGUACGCAAGGACCACGACCAGCGGCUGGUGGCGCUGGGCGCGGCCCAGGCGGAGGACGUGCGGGCGGCGGAGCUGAUCACGCGCAACCGCGAGCUGGUGGACAACGCGGUCCUGGCCGUGCGCAGUGCCCUGGCCAACCAGCUGGCCUGGCCCGACAUCCAGAACCUGGUGGACGAGGCGCGGGGCCGGGGGGACCCCGUGGCCGCCCGCAUCGCCCGGCUCAAGCUGGCCGUCAACAGCAUCGUCCUGCAGCUCAGUGAUCCGUAUGCCGAAGAUGAUACGUCCGACAUUGAGCCUAUGCUGGUAGACAUUGAUCUUGAUCUUACUGCCUAUGCAAAUGCACGAAAGUACUACGAUAAGAAGAGAACCGCCGCCAAGAAGCAGCAGAAGACCGUGGAAUCUCAGGGCAAAGCGUUGAAAUCUGCCGAGAAGAAAACCAAGCAGACGCUUAAGGAAGUCCAGGUUAUAUCCAGCAUUAACAAAGCCAGAAAGGUUUAUUGGUUUGAAAAAUUCUUCUGGUUCAUCAGUUCGGAGAAUUACUUAGUGAUCGGUGGGCGCGACCAGCAGCAGAACGAGCUGAUUGUGAAGCGGUACAUGAAGGCCGGGGACAUCUACGUUCAUGCGGACAUCUCGGGAGCAAGUAGCGUCACCAUUAAAAACCCGUCCGGUGAGCCCGUUCCGCCCAAGACGCUGAACGAGGCUGGAGUCAUGGCUGUGUGUUACAGCGUAGCCUGGGAAGCGAAGGUUUUGACGAGCGCUUGGUGGGUGCAUAGCGACCAAGUGUCGAAAACCGCCCCAACAGGAGAGUACCUCACCACUGGCAGUUUCAUGAUCCGAGGGAAGAAGAACUACCUCUUGCCGUCACACCUCAUCAUGGGCUUUGGAUUCCUGUUCCGUCUGGCUGACGAGUCUGCUUUCAGGCAUAAAGACGAGCGGAAGGUUCGCACAAUUGAAGAUGACGCAGUCUCCAUGCAGAGUUCCAAUGAUCUGUCAGCCUUGUUGGAACAAGAUGAAGAGAUUGAACUGGACGACACUGACGAAGAGCAUGUGGAGCAGAAUGAAGCUGCAAAAGAUGAAGCUGUAGAAAAAAAUGCAGAAAACCCUGAGCUCUCAGAUCCAAAAGAACCACAAGAUAAAGAGGAUGGUAGUGAAAGCAGUGAUAGUCAAAGUGCUAACGAAGAGAGCAGUGAUGAAGAUGGCAGUGAGAACCCAAAAAAGGUCCACUUCCCAGACACUGAAGUGAAAAUAGCUGUUGACAGUAGCAACCAAAUAGUCCUCAAAACAAAAUCCACUUCUCUUAUGAAGUCGUCUGUCCAAGAUACUUCCGAACAUGUAGUUUACCUGGGUGAUGAUAAGCCCGUUAUCUUGAAGCCGUCAGCUAAUUUAAAGCAGAAGAAGCCAGCAAACAAAGCUCAUGGAAGUCAUAAAAAUACACAUACAGAGGAAGAGCAGACAAAACAAGCAAAUAAGGAUGAUUCAAAGAGCAGUAAUUUGAAACGUGGUCAGAAAAGUAAACUCAAGAAAAUCAAAGAGAAGUAUAAAGAUCAAGAUGAAGAUGAAAGGAAAUUGAUCAUGGAUAUUUUGCAGGCGGGCAGCGGGAAGGAGACGAGGAAGAGCAAGAAGGUGAAGGAGCAGCUGAGGAGCAAGAGCUCCGUGGCGAAGGGGGACAAGAAGGCGGCCGGGCCCCGGCCGAAGCCGGCCCAGCCGCGUGCAGAGGGGGUUGACCCCGACGAGGGGGAGGGGGCGGAGGAGGAGGUGACGGUCAACACGGACACGGACAUGCUGGACCUGCUGACCGCCGUGCCCGUGCCGGAGGACGAGCUGCUGUUCGCCGUCCCCGUCAUCGCGCCCUACAACGUCCUGCUCGGCUACAAGUACAAGGUGAAGCUGACACCAGGCACGGGCAAGAGGGGCAAAGCGGCCCGCACGGCCGUCAACAUGUUCCUGAAGGAGCGCGGGGCGACGCAGCGCGAGAGGGACCUGCUGCGCAGCGUCAAGGACGAGACGCUGGCCCGCAACCUGCCGGGCAAGGUCAAGCUGUCCGCGCCCCAGUUGAAGAAGCUGCACAAGUAGCCCGCCGUCGUCACGUUGUGAUUCACGCGCUUGUUACCUGCAGUAUGUGUGUAAAUAACUGUGUAUAUACCACUUUUAUUGUUGCUUUGUUGAUUGUAGAUAAAAACAAAAUAUUUAUACUUGAAUUUUUUCCCGGGAAUAAAUUUUCUGAUAAAAGUUA